UACCACCAAAACACUUGCACAACACCUUCUGUCACGCGAGCUGUAUGACUCUCACAGCAGUGGGCCCCAACACUGUCACACUGGUUACACUGGAUCAUCAGAGACAACUUCAGCUCAGCUACAAUGAUGGGAGCACGAUCUUCCAUCAUCUUCGUCCUCAUGCUCCAUGCGAUCUACCUGCCAGGAACAUUCUGCCUCCAUGUGACCCAACCUGACAGGUGCGUAUUGGCAAUGGAGGGCGAGCGCACUGAGAUCGCUUGCUCUUAUGUUCUUGAUAAAUCAAACACAAGCGUGAAUUUCAAAAAUGCGGGCUCCAUGUUGUGGGAAAGCAAGCGGAACACCAACAAAGACCUUGUCCUGGACUACCAGCGCGAACACCACACUGUCAUAUGGGGCCCAAACUACAAGGAUGUGGCGAAAAUACCGAACGCCACCUCAGAUGGUAGUUGUACGUUAGUUCUGCAACAAGUGGCCAUUGAGCACGAGGGCAUCUAUACCUUCAUGCUGAUCGCAACUGACGGGAAGACGGUCAUGGCACAUGGUGAUGGUACAAAGCUAUUCGUGAAAGCAAGCAAACGUGAAGAUGAUAACGACUCAGGGGAAUACGUCAUUCUGGUCGUGCUUGUUGUGGUGUUACUGGCAUACAGCCUGGCCACUACUAUCCUGGCUGUAGCUCUCUGGCUCAAGAUUCGAUUGCCGUUCCGGAUUGGUCAGCCAGCUCCUGAAGAUUUCCCCCCCUCAGGUUCAACAGAGAUUGACACUCCACACACAUAUGCGUCACUGAAUGCUUCUACUCCGCAAACGUACAGUGAUCUGAACAACCUCCCUCAAGAAGAACUAAGCCCACGUGAAGCCAUUGCCACUGCUGUAAAGAAGAAAGAUCUCAAGAAAGUAAGGUUGCAGAUGGAAGUGAAAAAGUCUCCGAUUUAUGAGAACAUCAAGGGCAAGACGCUACCCAAGUAAUGGAGCUUUCAACAACAAAAAAACAAGAUUUUUUUUUUGGCUUUCCAAUUAAGGUUGUAAGUUUUAAUGCAUUAUUUCUGUCUGUCCAUG